AUGGUGGGACCACUGGAGCAUCUGGGAAUUUCAUCCUUCGACCUUCACCCUUGGGUCCACAGAGCCAUCCCCUGCUCCCUCUCUCUGAUCCUUGAGAGGAGGAGAGAUCUGACCCUGCAGGGGAACGCGCUGCGGGUGCUGCCCGCGGGCCUCUUCGCCCACAGCCCGGGCCUGGCCGGCCUGUCCCUGUCCCACAACCAGCUGGAGACCGUCCCCGAGGGAGCCUUCGCCGGGCUGUCCAACCUCAGCUCGCUGACGCUCUCUCACAACGCCAUCGCCAGCCUCCCCGCCGGCGUCUUCAGGGACCUGACCGAGCUGGUCAAGCUCAACCUGGGCAGCAACAACCUGACGGCGCUGCACGCAGACCUCUUCCAGAACCUGACCAGGCUCGAGCUGCUCAGCCUCUCCAGGAACCUGCUGGCCACGCUGCCCUCGGGCAUCUUCGACAACAACUACAACCUCUUCAACCUGGCCCUGCACGGCAACCCCUGGCAGUGCGACUGCCACCUGGCCUACCUCUCCAGCUGGCUGCGCCAGUACAGCGACAAGCUCUUCAACAUCCAGACCUACUGCGCGGGCCCCGCCUACCUGAAGGGCCAGGUGGUGCCCGCCUUGAAGGAGGAACAGCUGGUGUGCCCGGUCACGCGAGACCGCGUGGGCUACCAGGCCCCGGGGCCGGAGGACAGGGAGCCCGGGGACAGCUGGGAUCUGGUUGUGGAGGACCGGGCAGCCCAGAAACGGUGCACCUACAGCAACCCCGAAGGCACCGUGGUGCUGGCGUGUGACGAUGCCCAGUGUCGCUGGCUGAACGUCCAGCUGUCGCCCCGGCAGGGCUCAGACUCCCCGGGAAUGACGUACAACGCCGCUCAGGGGUGGGAACUGAAGUCGAGCUGCGGCUCUGUGAGGGUCACUGUGUCUAUUGAGGCUCGGACAGGGGACCCCUAGGUGCAGGGUAGACAGAGCCCGGAGCCCCGUGGCCUCUGGGGCCUGACCAAGCAAGAGGUGGGGGCACAGGGGGAGCUGGAGCUGGGUUUUCAGAUGCAAAGGAGGGAGGUCCAUGGCCAAGGUGGAGGAGGCCACGCCCACCCUCAGAGUCUCCUCCUCCUCCUCCUUCAUCUCCCCCUCUGAGUCUGAGACCUGAACUUCCUUAAGCUUUGCAAAGCAGCCAUUAAAGCUGCAUCAUGGCCUGGAGAAUAAAAUACGGCCGCUCCCCUGG